AUGGUAGACUCUACCCAAGAUGUGGCAGUGAUGGACCAAUUAGCUAUAUGCGUACGCUACGUUGUCCAAGGAAAGGUUUAUGAAAGACUACUAGAGAUGACUGUUAUUGAUGACUCUAGUGGACAAGCAUUGUACGAGCGAAUAACAUCGGAAUUAGCAAAGUACGGAAUUCAAGCAUCAAAUAUAGUUGCGUGUUCAUUCGACGGGGCAAGUAAUAUGAAAGGGUGUUACAAUGGCUUACAUGCUCACUUCAAAAAGGCAAAUGAAAAUAUGAUUUAUACUCACUGUAUGGCUCACGUCUUAAACUUAGUAGUAGCUGACUCGACAGUAAAGUUGCUUCAAGCAGAAAACUUAUUUGGAUUGGUAGAGGAAUCUGCAGUUUUUCUGAGUUCAUCUUACAAACGAAUGGCAGUGUGGGAGAAAGAAACAAAAAAACAACAUACCGCCCACGACAAACUUUAUAGACUGCAAAAAAUAGGAGCCACUAGGUGGUGGAGUAAACAUAAGGCUCUGUCAUCGAUAACUGAUGAAAGUGUUUUAAGGAGCGGGGAAAUUGCCACGGACAAAUUAACUAACGUCAUUACCGUAUUAUUCAAAGAAAUAUCUGAUGGUAAUUUUGAUUGCAAAUCCAGAUAUAUGGCCAGAAAUUUGGCAAGUCAAUGGGCGAAAUUUGAAAACCUAUUUAUUUCAUUCGUUUUACUAGAUAUGUUUCUUGUUAUAACGCCUGUUUCGAAAUAUUUGCAAACUAAAACAUUGGACUACGCUAUUGCUUGGGAUUUGGUUCAAACACUACUUAAACAGAUCAAUGAAAAAAGAAAUGACAAAUAUUUUGAAUUUUUGUACACGAAAACAAAAGAGUAUGCGACUGCUGUUAACAGUAAAUUGGAAGAUAGCAAUAUUGAUUUGGAAUUACAAUUGGACUUUACGGAAAGAAGAAUUUCAAAGAAAAAACGAAUGCCUGGGGAACAAUCAAGUGAUGAUGCUCCUGAAAUAUCAGCAGCUCAACAUUUCAAGCAUGUAUUUUUCAAUAUGUUAGACUGUGCUAGAACAAGCAUAGAAGAAAGAUUUUGCCCAAACAGAGAAAUUUUAGAGGACCUUUCUUGGUUAAAUCCAAGAAAAUUUAAUGACAUAAUGACGAUUAAAGACUUUCCGGCUGGAGUCCUCUCUUGUAUCUCAAAACUUUACAAUGUUGAAAGAAGUAUAUUAUUAAUAGAACUUAAACAAUUUGCAGAUCAGUACAAAAGUUUCAUAAAAGUUGUAAACACUUAA